CCCGGGCCGGCUCCGGCAGCUGCUUUCGCUUUCUGCGCCCGGGCGGCGAGAUGGGGAGGACGCGCGGCGGCUCCUUGGUGCUGUUGUGGCUGCUGCCGCUGCUGGAAGCGCAGGGCUCUUCACUGCCGUACAGACCCCAGAGCCCGGGCCAAUGCCACGAUCCAGACGAGUACUAUAAUCAAACCGUCGAUAGAUGUUGUCGCUUUUGUCCCCCAGGUUUCCGAGUCCUCCAUCACUGCAACGAGACCAUCAACACGCAAUGUGAGGCAUGCCAAGCAGACACCUUUACGAAGGCUUCUAAUUCGGCUACCCGCUGUUUUGGCUGUUCCCCAAAAUGCAGGACAGGCUUGGUGGAGACACAGGAAUGCAAUCGCACACAAGACCGACGCUGCUGGUGUCCGCCCCGUGAAUUCUGCAAUACGAUGGUCUUCGGUACAUGUGUCAAGUGUCUACCAUACCGACAAUGCAAAAAAGGCUACGGAGUUGUAAAACUAGGCACGAAAAGCAAUAACGUGGAGUGUGCUCCCUGCGAACGGGGCACGUUUUCAGAUGUGGAAUCUCACAACGCCACCUGCAGGCCCCACACGGUUUGUGAAAUCAAGCUUGUUCCUGGAAACAGCACGAAUGAUGCUGUUUGCCGCAUCCCGAUCACUUCUCCUCACCCUACAGUCAAAGGCAACAAUCCCUUCUCUCCAAAGCUGUCCGUGACUAACACACCGACGGUGAAAGUAGAUACGAUCCAGCAAAAAACUUCUCCAGACAUUGCAUACAUUAUUGGGGGUCUGACGUUUGGCCUGUUCCUCGUGGUUGGAUUCAUUGGGGCUUUUAGCUGUAUCAUCUCUAAGAUGAAAGCUCCACCCUGCAAGCAGCCCUUCGGCAAUGAAAAACAGCCAUCAUCCACCGGAAAGGGAUCUGACGUGUGGCCUCGGGUCUCUGGCACAGAGAGGCAGGAGGAGGAGAACCUCUUGCAGACUUCCACGUCGAGCAGCGGCUCCUUGGAUCACCCACUUGCAUCGGACAAAAGCAGCGGAAUCAGCGAGGUGGAUGAUUUCAACACAGAAGGAGAAAGAAGUCCACAAAGAUCGUCUCCGACGAACAGCUGCAUGUACCACGGCGGGACAAACUCAAAGCAAACUGGCAGUGGGGGCACGCAUGUGAAUAUAAGCUGCGUGGUCAAGGUUUGCAAUUCGGACCACAGCUUGCAGCUGCUGUCGCUGAACGGUCCAGCUGAUGCAGAUGCUUUGGUGCGAGAAGAGGUUCCCCUGUCCAAAGAAGAAAGCCCCGUCCAAAGAGAGGCCGGAAAGCAAACCGCUGUAGAAGUUGAGGAGGACAACAUGGACACGUUUGCCUACGAAGAGGGCAAGCCACUUCCGAUGAGCAUCCAAGAUGUCGGAAUGAAAACCAGGUGAAGAAAUGGAUCUGCCAGAGACCCAGGGAGAGCAGCUGAGGAACGGGACGGUUUUGUCUGAAGCAAGCAUGUGCUUUGUUACAGAUCUGUUAGGGACCUUUGCAGGGACCAGUGGAUCUCAGCUGUUCCUAGCACAACGAAAUGCUGUUGGAAGCAUUUUCGUGCUGAGAUUUUUGUGGGUGACCAGAUGAAAAGGAGCAUUGGCAAGGACACUGUACUUGUUAACAGUUGUGUAGGAGAGAGGAUGUUGGAAAGGGUCUUGCAGGUAUGGGAUGAGAGCAAUUGCCAAAAAAUUCCCUACACCUAUGAACCUCAUCUGCCGGACCACACCAAAGGCCCAACUAUUCCAGCAUCCUGUUUCUAAUAGUGGCUACCCACAUGCUUCCAGGAAGGGCACAAACAGGGUAUGGAGGCUCAAGACCUCCCUUGCUGUUUAUGCCCCACAUCAGGUAUUCAGAGAUAGACUAUCUCUAAGCAUGGAGGUUUCAUUGAGUUUUCUGGGUUAACAGCCAUUGAUUGAUGCAGCCACUAAGUGAUUCCGCACACAUUGGAUAAUGCACUUCCAAUCCUCUUUAUAGAUCAUUUGGAACAGAUUUUUUCGUGUGCGGAACAAAAAAUCCACCUCAAACAAUUGAUAAAAUGCAUUAUCCAACGUGUGCGGAAUCAGCCUUUAUAAGAACAGCCAUACUGGAUCUGACCAGAGGUCCAUCUAGUUCAGCACUCUUGUUUUCCAAGAAGAGCUAACUAGGUGCCUCUGGGAAGACCCCAACCGUAGCAUGAAAGACCAAUUUCUUCUCUGCUGCAGUCCUUCAACAGAACUCACUGCUGUUCUCCUUUGCAUCGGGUUACCCCAAAGAUUUCAGGUUGGAUCCCGUCAGCGUUUUCACUCAAUCUUAUCCCAUGCCCCAACUUAAUACAGUACCUUUUCCACAUACAUGCAGAUCCCACGUCAUAAACUUUUCCUGGGCUGUUUCCACACGUUUUCCCCUCUCAUGCAAAAUCGUGCAAAACUCACGGAAUGAUGGCGUCUUUAUGGCGUGAUUUCCCGUCAUGACUCUGUUUCGUGGCGUGAUGACAUCAGAAGUAACGCCAUGAAGCGGAGUCAUGAAGGGAAAUCGCGCCAUGAAGACGCCAUCGUUCUGUGAGUUUUGCAUAAUUUUGCGCGAGGGGGAAAAGACGUGUGAAAAUGGGUUUAAAGAUGAUCCCACUUUCUUUUUUUACCAGCAGAAAAACUGGUCAGAUCUAACCCUUUGUGAGGAAGUUUCUUUUGCUUUCUGAACACACUGCUUGUUUCCUGAGAUGUGGAAUCUCUUUCUAACUUUGAUUUUGAGUGACCCUAAAUGGCUGAUAAUCAGUUCUAGGAUUUCGGACAGCAAGUGGGUCUCCCUGGUGCUGACAGCUACUGUGAAGUGACAAUAUAAUUUUGCCCAGCUUAGCCAUCUUUCCUCUUUUUUUUGCCAUGGGUUCUACCUCAGAAAUCUUGCCAGUGUCUGUGGAAUUCUGGUAGGGCAUCCAAGCUUGUAAACUAAUUAACGCCUUCUCCUAAGAGGCUGUGUCAAAAUCUGUAUGGUCAAGCCUACUGCUGUAAAUAAAAUAAAAGAUACCAUGUU